CUCACUCAUUUGGCCAUUAGUUCGCCGUUUGUAACACUUACGAAUUUUGUUCUCUCCGCUCCGAUCAUUUUCUUGCCGAAUAUUUAGCAUUCCCGUUGACUAUGAUGGAAACGAAGGUCGCAGAUAAGGAAACAACCCCCGUAACGACUCCAGGACCAGCAUCGCCUCCCUCCUCCACCUCCUCCUCUCCCAAGUCUCCAGAGUUUCUCUACACCACCUCUUCCCUCGAGAGCCUUGAGGAUUAUAAACGAAGGGUUGGAGUAAAUCAACUUGGAGGAAGUUUCAGGAACGGACGACCCCUCCCCGACGAAGUUCGACAGAAAAUAGUCGAGCUGGCCCAACACGGAGUACGACCCUGCGAUAUCAGUCGACAACUAAGAGUAUCCCACGGUUGUGUAAGCAAGAUCCUGGGUCGCUACACUGACACCGGCAGCGUCAUGCCCGGCGCAAUCGGCGGCUCCAAACCUCGAGUCGCCACACCUGAAGUUGUUGCUGUUAUCGAGAGGUACAAGAACGCAAACCCCAGCAUGUUCGCCUGGGAGAUCAGAGAUAGAUUACUGCUAGAUGGCAUGUGCCCCAAUAAGGUUCCCUCUGCCAGUACAAUCAACCGCAUUCUGAGGUCUAAGUCUGCCAACGCCGCCAAGGGACAGAAACGAGUACACACCUCCUCCAUUUCAUCUCUACUGAACUCGACCAAACUUCCCACCCAAUGCAUACCCAACAGCAAGAUUAAGACACCUUCGCCGACAAGCAAAUCUCCCAAAACCCCUAGUUACAAUAUCGACGACAUUUUGGGAAUCAAGAGACACCCUUCUGCAGAGGGAUUGACGAAUGAAAACUCCGCUAAAAAGAUUAAGCAAGAACAUCCCACCACUCCCACCUCACGAUCGAGUCUGUCUUAUCUUGGAGCCUCCUUGCUUUCUGAGGUCGCUGAAAAGAGAAACCAACUCGCAGCCAACACGAGUCUGCUGGCGCAACAACUGGAGCAGCUCCAAAACUCCGGCUUCGUGCUGUUGCCCAGCUCGUUGCUGCAGUCGACACCAGGUCUGAGAUCCCUGUCAGGCUCUCUCUCCGCUCUGACAGCCCUCUCCACUCUCAACCCCCAACUCUCUCAACUAUCCUCCCUCACCGCCCUGGUGCCGGUCCUGACUCCCUUCCCAGUUCCCACCCUACCUUCCCUCGGCGACAAACGCUCCUUCGCCCCCACCUCCCUCUCUCCGCCCGCCGCCGCCGCCAUCGAGAGUCUCUCUCCAACUGUGCCGGAGUGCGAGCGCACCGCCACGAGUAUCGAGUACUUGAGACUCAAAGCAAAGGAACACAACCUGCAGCUUUCGUCCGUGCAGACGUGAGAUUACUGUACACUCUUUAAAAGAGGACACUUUCUGACUCCAUAUAUAUUUGACCGGGUGUACCUUUUUGACGAAAUUAAGAAUUCGGUUUACGAUAGAGCUCCCAACUUAUUACCCUCUAGAUAAGGCUUUAGACAUCAAAGGCUAAUUUCAAAAAAGAAAGCUUUGUCUUAGGGCGGUUGGUUAAGCUUAGACUUUGGACCUCCAGUCAGUCGAAUGUUCACUGUCAAGAGCGUGCAAUCUCCAAUUCAUACAAUUUGUUAGCCAUACUUCCCGUUAACCCGGGACCUAAUGGGAGACACAUUGUUAGAGCCGGAUUACAAGCGAUUGCACCCUACUCCUGCCCACUUAAAUGUGACAAAUGGUAAAGCUGAACGUUUGGCUUACAGUAUGAAUACCGCUGACUUUGACGCGAAUGUUAAUUUAACAAAAUUGGGCCUGCCUUUCGUGUAAUUUCGUGCAUCAAAGUAUCUACCGAGGGCUUAGCUCUGGAUUGUGAGACUCGAGCAAGAUUAUGAACUUUGUUACUCUGUUCCCGUUUUGGAACGGUUAUUUAAGAUUCGGAUAAAUUUUUGUAGGAAAAUUAUGUUUCAAAAGACGACGAUUUUCAGAUGUUUUACACUUAGUUCGUCAAAUGACUUAGCUUAUUUUUAGCUAAUUUAUUGAAGGAUUACGUGCUGAUUGAAAAGUUUUUAUGAUGUAUCAUCAUGCAAGAAAA